AUGCCUCGGGACACUGACGAUGCGAGGAAUGCGAGAGGACAGAUGUACGAGUACGCGACGGCAAUCAUGAAUGCGCAACCUCGCACGCAUGUGUUCUUCAUCAACAUUUGGAGGACUCAGGCGACUCUGUUCUAUGCUGAUCACUCGCAGUUUGUUUGCACGAAGCCCUUCACUUUCACCGGCAAGCCGAGCGCUCUGUCGACGUUCCUCUAUCACCUCGGACAGAUGAACCCGGAGGAACUUGGCUACGAUUCUUCCGUCACACUUGCCACCGUCGAAGAGCUCGCUGCAGUGAAAGACGUUGAAGAUCAAAUGACGCCGUACCACCAGAAGUGUGUCGCGAGUGCAUUCUUCUCCGAGUCAGGGUGGCCUGUCUACAAAGUGAUCAUGCCGGCAGAGCAGGCCGGUUUCAAACAACCACGGGAAGACGGCGAUUUUCUCAUCGGACGGCCGUUGUACAAGAUCUAUUCACCUACCGGCCGGGCUACGAAAGUGUACGCAGCUUACAAUAUGAAGACCGAGAGGAUGGGCACUGUAAAAGACUGUUGGCCGGAGGAAUGGGAGGAGGGUGAGCACACCAAGUACGAGUGUAUUCAGGAGGCCAAGGUACGGUACACUGCAACGUGCCUGUAUGGUGGCUAUGUAGGCGAGCAGAAGACGAAGACAUGCGACGACCUGAAGCACAGGCGUCCCGUCCGGAGACAUUACCGCAUCGUACUCAAGGAGCUUGGUCGACCCCUGGAUAGCUACACCAGUUCAGGUGAGCUAAUUGUUGCGGGCUUCUGCGUGUUAAAAGCACACCAAGACGCGUGGAAGAAGUGCGGCUUGCUACAACGGGACAUGAGUCCUUACAAUAUGGUCUUCGAUGAGGUCGAUCCCCGAGACCUUCCUGAGGGCGAACAACUUCCAUCAAUCAGUGCUCUUUUGAUUGAUUGGCAUCUUGCUAAGUUCAAAGACGAACUCAAAGAUGGCGCCAAGCGAGGCACAUGGCAAUUUAUCUCCGCACGACUGCUCCGAAAUCCGACUGUGCAAAACGAAGUUGCGGAUGAUCUCGAGUCUGUCAUUCUUAUCAUGGAAUGGAUGGCACUGAGGUUCCACCGGCACUCCCUAUCACAUCGUCAGGAGCGCCUGAAGGUCCAUGUCCAGCAAUUCUUUGAAUGGCGUGAAAAGGACGAU